AUGGUGACGGGGAGCCGGCCCCGGGGGCUGGGGGUGCUGGUGCUGGUGCACGUGGGGGAACCCGAGGGCGGAGCUCCCCUCCGCGGCGCGGGCGAUGAUCCCCAACUUCCCGCGAGCCGGGCCUGGGAUCCCCGGAGAGGCAGCCGCAGCUGCACCUCCGAAUGCUGCUGGGCGCGCGCCCUGAGCUCCGAGGGCUUCCGCGGGGUCCCGGGUGUCCGGGGGACCGGCCCGCGCUCCGCCCGGCCUCUCCCCCCCCUCGAGGUCUGGGGGCGGCGGCUCGGGACGUCCCGACGCAACUCUCGGCCGGAGCCAGAGACUCGAGAAUUGCGUUUGGACAAUCAGGAGCCGCGGCCCGGGGCGGGGAGGGAGGCGCACCGGAGGCACCCGGGAUGGAGACGCCACGCGGAAGCGGGGAUACCAGAUGGACACCUCCCCCGCCCCGUAGGGGAGUCGGGGGACACAAGAGUGAAAUGUGCGGCGUGGGAAAGUGGGCAGAGCCCCUCCGGGAGGGACUCGGAGCGAAGGAAGCGGACGGGGAGAAGAGGAAGGAGCAGGGCCAUCCCGGUGGAGGGCAGGGAACGAGGGGCAGGGGGACGAGACCGUGACGGGCGCUCGGUCCCCCGCCAGCCUGCGCUGCGGCUGCCAGGGGGUGGCCUGUCUCUGGGACAAGCUAGCAGUGGGUCCCCUCGCCCGCAACCCCGGUUACCCCCUACUUCCCUGUCCUCCUUGGGUCCGUGGCCAGUCCUUAUGUGGGCGCCAGAGUCGAUUAGCGCGGACCCCCUCCCCUUCCUCCUCCUUCUCCCAGCCCCCUCCCUUCUGCUCGCCUCCAGCCCCUUUCAUGGGCUAGUCCAUUCCCCUAAUCCUGGCCCCCUCCCCUAAUCCCCCCCAUCCGACCCCAGGCCGGCUGCGGCUAUUGUAAGGUGGAGAGAAGGGAGGGGAACAGAGAAAGGAGGGGUGGGGUGGGCCACCUGUUCCAGGACCCCCUUCCAAGGCCAGACUGGACAC